CGGAGUAUCGUAGCUUUUAACCUCGUAAAUUAAAUGCGAAAAUCUCUGGUAAAAACAGUGAAAAUAAUAUCAAAAAUAUUAUCAAAAUACGCGUAAAUAUCAUCGCCACACAAUUCAAGUGAUACCUACACGAAAAAUGUAAAUUAUCUAUAAGAAUUAGUGAAUUUUUGUGACCAUUUGACGUUGCACUUUACAAGAAUUCAAGAAUUUUUUUUUAUUGUAUAAUGUGUAGAUAGAAACAUAGUAAAAACCCAAACAUACACAAACAACGGGUACGCUACGCAUGUAUGAGUGCGACACGAACACGAAUACAACAAGUUUCAAAAUGUACAAAAACGACAACAGACUUGAGUUGUAUUUUGUAUCUGGUUAAGUGAGGAUCGCUUCUUCGAUAAAAUAAAGCGCUAAAAAAAGACCAUUACUAAUAUUAUUUUGAAAAAAUCACACAUUUUAUCGAAUUAUAACGAAAGAAUCAAUAAUUCACGAGAAAAAAUAAUUAAAAGUGGAAAAAAGUGAGAAAAUAGAUAUUUUUUUUGUGAGGAAUUCGACGACAAUAGAAAAUAAGCAGCGACGCAACAAAACCAUUGGAAUGCGUUUAAUGUAUAAAUUAUCACCGAUGAUUAAAUUAAAUGAAUGAAUGAAUGGCAGUGAAGCAAUAUUAGAGAGAAAAAAAUAGAAGAAAAAGCGAGAAUUGAUAAAGAAGAAGCGAAAGCAAAGGGUGUGUCCAAAAGUUGACACCGUUUUUUGUUUUUAAUUUUUUUUUUUUACAAAUUUUUAAGUUAUUACGAAAAAUAAAUAAUAUUGUGAAAUAUUAAGUGAUUCCACGAAAUAACAAAAAAAAAGUGAAAAAAACGAGUCAAGUGUUUCUCGUUGAAAAAAAAAUCAUUAUCAAAAAAAAAAAUUAUCAUAUCUAAGUAAAUAAAAAAAAAUAAAUAAAAAAAUAUCGAAAUAAAGAUAACAAAAAAAAAAUUAAUGAAUAUUUUUCGAAAAAAAUAAAAUUGUAGUGAGAAUAAAAAAAAAUAACCAUGUUCAAGUGCAUUCCAAUAUUCAAGGGGUGCAAUCGACAGGUGGAAUAUGUCGAUAAACGCCAUUGCUCCCUUCCGACCGUUCCUGAAGAAAUUCUCCGAUAUUCACGCAGCUUAGAGGAAUUGCUACUCGAUGCCAAUCACAUUCGGGAUUUGCCAAAGAAUUUCUUUCGCUUACAUCGACUACGCAAGCUAGGUUUAAGUGACAAUGAAAUCGGUAAACUGCCCCCAGACAUUCAGAAUUUUGAGAAUUUAGUGGAGCUGGAUGUAUCGAGAAAUGAUAUCCCAGACAUUCCAGAUGACAUUCGACACUUGCGAAGCUUACAAGUGGCUGAUUUUAGUUCAAACCCGAUACCGAGACUUCCAGCGGGAUUUUCGCAAUUGAAGAGUUUAACAGUAUUAGGACUAAAUGACAUGUCAUUGACAUCAUUGCCACAAGAUUUUGGAUGCUUAUCACAACUAGAAUCACUAGAAUUAAGAGAAAAUUUAUUGAAACAUCUACCGGAGUCCAUUAGCCAAUUAACAAAGUUAGAACGUCUGGAUUUAGGUGAUAAUGAAAUUGAAGAGCUUCCACCACAUUUAGGUUAUUUACCGUCACUGCAAGAGCUGUGGCUAGAUCAUAAUCAAUUAACGAGACUGCCACCCGAAAUUGGGCUGCUUAAAAAUUUAGUUUGCUUAGAUGUUUCAGAAAAUAGACUAGAAGAAUUACCAGAAGACAUUGGUGGACUUGUUAGUCUCACUGACCUGCAUUUAUCGCAAAACUUACUCGAAGUAUUACCGGAUGGCAUGGAAAAGCUCGUCAAAUUGACCAUUUUAAAGUUGGACCAAAACCGUUUGAUCGCCCUGAACGACUCCAUUGGCAUGUGCGAGAACAUGCAAGAGCUCAUCCUCACGGAAAACUUCCUCGUCGAGUUGCCACGUUCGAUCGGGCGCAUGACGCUUCUCAGUAACUUCAAUGUCGACCGAAAUUCCCUCACUUCCAUCCCGUCAGAAAUUGGAAAUUGCUUCAAUUUGGGCGUUUUAAGUUUGCGCGACAACAAACUCGUUCGUUUGCCCUCGGAACUCGGAAAUUGCACGCGUUUGCACGUGCUCGACGUUUCGGGCAACAGAUUGCAAUAUUUGCCAUACUCUUUGGUCAAUUUGCAACUGAAAGCUGUGUGGUUGAGCGAAAAUCAGGCACAACCGUUGUUGACGUUCCAACCUGAUGUCGACGAACAAACGGGCGAACAAGUUUUGACGUGUUUUUUGCUGCCGCAACAGGAAUACGUACCUGUUAGUCCUGCUGUGGAUCAUCGCGAGGAAUCCGAUAACGAAGAUUGGCAUGAACGGCAUGAGCAAUCGCGCACGCAUUCCGUCAAGUUUACGGAAGAAACGAAUGCUGACAAGGAGACGCCAUUUGUGCGUCAAAAUACGCCGCAUCCGAAAGAGUUGAAGAUGAAAGCCCACAAAUUGUUUGGCAAGGACAAAAAGCCCGAAGAUCCCACGAGCCUCGAUACGUUAUCCGAGGAAUCGUCUUCGAAUCGUCAAUCUUCCGUUCGUAUCACCGUUUCGGAUAGUGUGUCGGAAACGCAAACCGAAGGCAGCGCCAGCAGUACAAAACCAUCACAAUCCAUAUCACAGGACCAAAUUGCCGCCGAAACCACAACAACCGCUACGGUCAUCACAAAUGUGGUGCAGCAACAAAUGACCAACUUUAACAACAACGUGAAUGAGAAGGAACAGAGUGCCGAUGAGAAUGAGGAACGACGAGUUGGCUUUCAAGACGAUCAAAACUAUUCGGACAGUGAGCAAGAUAAGAAGCCUGUUUCAAAGUUGCAUAGACGCGACACCCCACAUCACCUCAAAAACAAACGCGUACAACAAAGCGUCGACAAAGGUGCCAACGCCAUCCUCACAAACGCAAUGAAAUUCCGCGAAAAGACACCUCCACUCACGCAAACCACAGGCCUUCCCACAACACGCGAAGAGCAUGCCCAACUCGAGGCUAUCAAAUCUGGCGACGAGGAAACCUCACCAACGCUCGAAGAUGCCGCUGAUGGUUUAACAGAGCUCCGUGAAGAGCGUCUCGAGAUCCAUAUUGAACGUACCUCAGCCGGGCUUGGUUUGAGUAUUGCUGGCGGCAAAGGCUCCACUCCCUACAAAGGUGAUGACGAAGGAAUUUUCAUCUCGCGCGUCACCGAAGGAGGUCCUGCUGAUCUCGCUGGUUUGCGAGUUGGCGACAAAGUCCUCAAAGUUAACGGAAGAAAUGUGGAAAAUGUCGAUCAUUAUAUCGCUGUCGAAGUACUUAAGGCAUGUGGCGCUGUGCUCGUGUUGCAUGUUACGCGCGAAGUCACACGUCUCGUGGGUCAUCCAACAUUUUCGGAAGACGGGAGUUUUCGUCAAGUAAAUUCGCCGGAUUUGUCGCAAAUUAGUGGGGUAAGUGGCGGAAAACAUAUUCCGUCGCCACUGACAUUGACAGAUGCGCCGUUGCAACAACAACAGGGACAUAAUCAAGCGGUAGGUGGUACCCAGCAACAUUUAACCCCGAAUUCGGCGCCAGCCUUUGGUGCCAAUAUCCAUUCGCAUUUGUUCCAAAAUGGCAGUGAAAUGGUCCACAAAGUCACACUCCACACAACUCUCAUUCGAGACCAAGCUGGACAAGGACUUGGCUUCAGCAUCGCUGGCGGCAAAGGUCACGCCCCUUUCCGAGAUGAUUGCGACGGAAUUUUCAUCUCGCGCAUCACUGAGGGCGGCAUUGCUGAACGGGACGGAAAAUUAGCUGUUGGUGAUCGAGUCACUCUUAUCAACGGCGUCGACGUUCGCGAAGCUGGCCACGAUUACGCCGUGCAACUUUUGAAGGAUAGCCCUCGUUUUGUUCGAUUAAUCGUCGAACGUGAACUUCGAGGUCCCAUGUUGCCUCCCAACAGUCCUCGUAGUCCCGGACAAAUUAGCGGAUUAGAUCCUGCUGGUUACAUGAAACAUCGGCCAAAUUACACCGGAUAUCGUCGUUCCAUAGGCGACGCAAUUGAUCCAAAACAAGAUGCAACAAUGACCAAAAGUACGACGGCGCCCACACAGCUUUCGGAGCCGCUAAAAGUGAACGGAACUUUGACUCAAACUGUUGGAAUUCCGACAAUGCCGCCUCAACCGGCACCCAGAACUCGAUUAUCGUCGCAAGAUUCGGCGACUUUGCUCACAAAUGGCGCUUCAACGACGUCACCCACGUCAAAUGGGACAAAUGCGGAACCUUUGGAGCAACAGACGCCUCGACCAAUGACAAAUGCCGACUUCGAACGCAUGAUCCCGAACCACUUCAUAACGGGUGGCAAGCCGAAAAUCCACGUGGAAACGCUGCAUGCCGACGCAUCAGGCGCUGCUGGAGGAACGGGCGGCGGCGGCGUCAUUGUAACCGUGCAAAAAACCAUUCCCGAUGUGCCAAUGUUGCCGCCAGCACCGACGGAGCUGGGCCGCGUCACGGAAACGAUAACAAAGUCAACGCUAACGGAAACCGUGAUGACGCGCGUCACAGACAACCACUUGGUUGAGCCGCUAAUCAGUGAGGAGGUAGUUUUGCCCAAAAAUCAAGGAUCAUUAGGUUUUAGUAUAAUUGGUGGCACAGAUCACUCUUGUACACCGUUUGGCGCACACGAACCCGGUAUUUUUAUUUCACAUAUCGUGCCUGGCGGAAUCGCCGCAGUUUCGGGUAAAUUAAAGAUUGGCGAUCGAAUUUUGAAGGUUAAUGGAACUGACGUCACUGGAGCAACCCAUCAAGAGACCGUAACAGAACUCUUAAGACCAUGCGACGAAAUUAAAUUGACAGUUCAGCAUGAUCCGUUGCCGCCAGGUUUCCAAAGCUUUGUUGUAGUUAACGUACCAAUUGAGGAAGUAACUCUCACCAAAAACGAAGGUGAGCGUCUCGGAAUGCACAUCAAAGGAGGUCUCGGAGGUCAGCGCGGAAAUCCCGUCGAUCCGGCAGACGAAGGCGUUUUUAUCUCCAAAAUUAACAGCAGCGGCACCGCUCGUCGUGAUGGUCGUUUGCGCGUCGGAAUGCGAAUUCUCGAAGUCAAUGGUGUUUCGCUGUUGGGCGCUACGCAUCAAGAAGCUGUCGAUGUUUUGCGAUCUGCGGGACAAGAAUUGCAUUUGGUCGUUUGCAAGGGAUACGAAAAGUCAGAUCUCGUACAUUCGAUUGGCUCGGCGGGCGGCAUGAGCACCGGAUUUAGUCGUGGCGGAUCUCGGGCCUCGGAAACGGGCAGCGAAUUCAGUCAGAGUGUGUCUAGUCUCGAUCAGGAAGUAGGCGAUGAUUCGGCUUUCCUGCAACAGGCAAUGGACUUGACAAAAGAAAUCGAGGUAUUCACCGAAGAAAAAUCCGAAGCCAAACAAGUUCAAUCCCCAACAACGCCGUCGCAACCCGCACCACCUGUCGCUGAAAAAGUUCAAACGCCCCCAAAACCCGUCGAAAAACCAGUCGUUCCAUCAAACGAGGUCGCUGUCGUCAAUCAAGCUGAUCAAGCACUUGUCUGGUCUAAGGAAAAAACGGGACCUGAACGCGUCCUCGACAUCGUUCGUGCCGCCGAAACAUUGGCUCUAAAUGCCGCCGCUCAGGAUUACAAUCCGCCAAAAUCCCCCACGGAGCAUCAGGAAAACCUUCAGAAGACCACAACAAUUGUCAUGUCGAAGCACACUUUGGAUACGCAGCCACAGUUGUCCUCGGGCCAGUCCAAGGAAAAAUUGUACAGCGAUCGAGUAGAACAAGUUACUCAAGUGACACGACCCGUAACGCCGCCAAAUGUCACAACGAAAAUCCUUCGUGGGGUGUCUCCUACCCCGCCUCCGUACCGCAUUCGAACUUUCAGUAACUCGAGUAAUUCUGAAGGUCCCGCAAUCACGAGUAACAUUGAUGAUUUCCUGAAAAAAGAAAGUUUUGAGCCAUAUUCUCGUCGUGAACUGCGUUCCAAAGAUGGCUAUCAAUCGACUGAAGAACUUGAAAUGUAUGAAAAAGAAAAACUUGAACGUGAAAGGGAAGAAAGUUCAAAAGUUCAGGAACAAGAAAGAGCCUCAUCGAGUGCUUCUCAUCGAAAAUCUGUCAGUUUCGAUUUGACAGAUCAAGAAAAGCAAACCUCUGAUGAUGAUGAGGAGGAAGACGAAGAUGACGACAAAGCAGUUUUCGUUGAAGAAUUCAUGAAACGCGAAUCACGUGGCGAAGUGAAAAUAGAUUCCAGCAAAAAUUUGUUGCUCGAAAAGCCGAUCAAGAGUAUCUUACGUUCUGCCAGUCCUUCGUCUUCGUCCCAAUUUUCUACCCUUGAUCGUCAGUAUCAAAGUGAAGCUGUGGCUUCUUGGAUUCGUAACAGUCAAGAACAUCUUGCGGAUGUCCAGAAGCAGGAAAUUGACCAAGAAAAUCCUUUCAAGAAAACUUUCGUGUCACAAGAAGAACUUCGUGAAAUGGAAGAAAUUGCAAAAAAUAAGAAAACUCGUCCCACGACACAAUUUGAACCUUUGAAACAAACCAAAAUCCCGCUUAAAAAGCCCGUUUCAGCUUCCACGGGAAAUUUAGCUAAGCCUCCUGUCCCGCCAAAGCCCAAAGUCAAACAAGCAGACCUCGUGAAAAAUGUGGCCUUGAAACAUUUGACCCAAGAACAGGGAGAUUUUGUCGAAUUCGAACACGAUCCGAUCACGAAUACGAUCCGCGAGGUAAGGCCCAAGUCGGAAUUUAAUCCAGACGGGCCUUUGCCCCCGCUUCCCCCUCCCUCAACUUCAACGAACAAGUCUCGAAUUCCAAACUUAAAGUUGCAGCGCCCUCUAUCGAACAUCGACAGACCGAAAUGUAGUCCUCCCCCGCCCCCCAAAACUCCCCUCGUCGUCGAACAAGAAGUAAUUGAAAUCCUCCCGGCGAAAUACGAGACACUUCCUAAGAUGGAAACAGCCAAAGUGGUUCAUGAAUCCCAUGAGAACUCGAAGGAGAAUGUUCUUGUUCAUGACGAUAUCAGGCGCCAUCUGUUGUUGCAAGAGAAUGAGUUGAGAAAUGCCUUAAUGGACUCUAAUGCAAACUUAGAGUCAGAUCCUGAUACAAAUAACAAUUCCGGAAGACAUGAAACCUCAUCUCAUGCCGGAAGUUCAACAACCUCGGGAGUUUUUUCUCCGACAGAUUUCUCCCAGAGAUCCGUGAGUCGCAUUCCAGUCUUGAAUCCGCAAAAUGUCUUUCCCGCUACACAAAUUCUUCCGGUUCACUAUACGCAACUUCCGACGCCGCAGCAACCGGGCUACUAUCAAACGGUGCCCGUUAAUGCCCCCAUUCAACUUUGCCAGAGCACAAGUGUGACGGCAGCUCCCGUGUCACCGCCCGUAAUUACAAAGUCACCAAAAACUGUAUCCGAUAAAAAGAAGUUCUUCGAAAAUGCGAUGGAGGAUCAGCAUAAAGUAGCAUCACAAAAGCAAGAUAAAGUUUUUACAUUUUUAUCAAAAGAUGAAGUCGAAAAAUUAAAGUUGGAGGAAGAACGGAAAAUUGCAACAUUGGCACGUGAGAAAAAAGAUAAAUUAAUAAUGUCGGCAGCUGAUGUUUUGCGAGACGACGACGAUGAUGAUGAUAAUGAUGGAGAGAAUAACGGCUCCGAUGCCGAAAGUAACGGCGAUAAGCAUCAAAGUGAUGAAGAUGCCGCAGAGCAAGAAGAUGAAGAAGAAGGAGAUGACAUGAGGAAUCCACUUCACGAACUUGAGGCAGUAUUUAUGAAGUAGUGAGACGCUAAAAUAAAACUUUAAAAAAUUAGACAAGAUUAGUUUUAGCAUUAAUUUUUUUCCUAUUCAAACUUUUAGUAUUAUUUGUACCUAAUUGUAUUUUUUUUUUCACUUUUUAUUAAAACUUAACAAAAAAUGUAAAUAUGUUUAAAAAAUACGUUACCGUUGAACCUGUUGU